AUGAACUGCACUUUGUUCGGUGAAGAUAUCAAUGGAUGCGACCAGCAGCCAUGCCAAAAUGGUGGUGUGUGUGAGAGCCACGAUGGAGGAUUCCGAUGCCUUUGCUCCCAGCAGAGCCAAAGUGGGCGCCUAUAUGGCGGCGAGAAUUGCACAGUUGCACUUUCAGGCUGCGAUGACAACCAGUGCGAGAACGGAGGAAUAUGCUCUCCGUUGCUCGUAGACGAUCAUCACACAUACACUUGCAUCUGCCUUGCAGGCUUCACAGGCUCCAAAUGCCAAACUCCCACCAUCUUCUCCUUUGAGUCCCAAGGCUACAUGUACAUAGAGACCCAGCUGCUGGACCCAGAAGCUCCUCUUAAUGUCACAUUCAGCUUCAAGACAGACAGAGCGAACGGUACUCUCUUGCAGCGCAGAGUGGACGACCUGCUCCUCAGCAUCGAGCUCAUGGAUGGACACCUCUGCCUCCUCAGCCUGAGGGGUCAAGGUUCCAGCACCACGGUUCAAGAGCUUCCAGAGUAUUUGACCAACAACAAGUGGCACACCGUUGAAGCAUCGCUGGGCGGCGUGGUCAGUCUCAUCAGGCUGCUGUGCACUGAUGGAAGCUGCACCAGAGACUCCAGUAGUGAAGUCCAGCUGCUUGAACAAGCUUCCACUCUGCCGGAGCCAGGAGCUGUUCGUCAGAGCCUCUUCAUCGGGGCCGUCGGAGGGAACUGGACUUUGACCAGAGCGGUGGACGAAGCAGAAAACCCGCCCACUUUUCUGGGCUGCUUCAGAGACGUGUUUGUGGACUCACAUCUGGUGCUGCCUGUUAAAGCGCCGCAAGAAUCAGGCGUCCAGGCAAACAUCACGGUGGGAUGCAGCGACAAAGACAAAUGCAUCGAGAGCCCGUGUCAGAACCGAGGCCGCUGUGUGAGCCAAGGCUGGAGGAGGCACAUGUGUGAAUGUCACAGGCCAUAUGAGGGAAACAACUGUGCUGAAGAAUAUAUCACUGCAAGAUUCGGGAGUAAAGACCUGGAGAGUUACGCUGUGUUCUCAUUAGACGACGACCCCGGUGACUCCCUGAUUAUAUCCAUGUUCCUUCGUACCAGACAGUCCAGCGGCCUCCUCCUCAUCCUGGCCAACAGCACCAGCCAGUACCUCCGCCUGUGGCUGGAAAAAGGCAAGGUGAAAAUUCAGGUUAACAACUUUGAGACCCUCGUUGGUCAGAGUGCGGUCAGCGACGGACACUUCCACCUGGUGACGCUGAAGCUGGAAAGAACGGCAGCCACCUUGUUCCAGUCAGCCCGAAGCCAGGGCUUCAUGCCCAUCAGGCCCGUGGAAGUCCAUCCUGGAGAUCUGGUGUUUGUUGGGGGGCUUCCAGACUCAAGGGUCUCGGCUUCGUUUGGUGGCUACUUUAAGGGAUGCGUGCAGGACCUGAGGAUUAACAGCAAACGCCUGCAGUUCUAUCCGAUAGCUACUCCGGUGGAGUCGUACAACCUACAGGAGCUCAUCGGUGUUGCAGAAGGAUGCAGCAGUGACAACGCCUGUGCUAUCAAUCCUUGUCUCAAUGGGGGAGUGUGUUACUCCAUGUGGGAUGAUUUCAUCUGCAACUGCCCCCCCAGUACUGCAGGGCAGCGCUGUGAGGAGGUAAAAUGGUGCGAGCUGUCUCCCUGCCCUGCCACUGCUGUUUGCCAGCCCCUCUCUCAAGGCUUUGAGUGUUUGUCUAAUGUGACGUUUCAGCUUGAAAGCAGCGUUCUGCACUUCCACAGCAAUGGAAACAUCAAGCGCAGUCUCACCAGCGUCUCCUUCAGUUUCCGCACAAGACAGCCUGCUGCCACGUUACUUUACGCACAAAAGGACUCAGACUACCUCAUUGUCUACCUUCUCAACUCUCAUCUGGUCAUGGAGCUCCACAAAGAUGCCCUCACGGUGUCGGUUCAAAGCCAGGGUCCGAUCAGUGACGGAGAGUGGCACAUGGUGAAGCUCAGCAUGGACAACCAGACUCUGAACUCCAAGUGGAUGAUGGCUGUGGAUGGAGGUAGGGAGGAGUUGUCCAAAUCAUCUGGAGGGGAUCUGGGCUUUCUCAGGGAGGGAGCAGACAUCUUCCUGGGUGGACUGAGCCUGGACUCUGGGGUGAACCUGUCUGGGUGUCUGGGUCCUGUGGAGAUCGGGGGUCUUCUUCUUCCUUUCCACCUGGACACUGAGCUGAACCUCCCCCGACCUCAGGAGGAGCAGUUUGUGAGGACGAACAGCAACGCCGCUCCCCGAUUCGGCUGCUGGGGAGCCACAGUUUGCUCCCCCAACCCCUGCCAGAACGAGGGUUUGUGUGACGACCUGUUUGACCUGCAUCAGUGCACUUGUUCCCCUGAGUGGACGGGACCGCUGUGUAAAGACCCAGCAGACCCCUGUAUCUCCAACCCCUGCAUCUACGGCGCCUGCACCAACCUACCGGGUGGUUUUAAGUGCAUUUGUGAGCCGGGGUACGGCGGCGAACAGUGCGAGGCAGAAGUUGAUAUAUGCGAAAACAGUAAUUGCAGCUACGGCGCCACGUGCCUCAAAGGCCUCCAGAGCUACACCUGUCUCUGUCCUCAGAAUCUGACCGGACAGUACUGCGAUGAGAAAAUCCCUGAAAUCCCGUGGUACAUUGAAACCAAUCCACUCCCUCAGCUGCCUCUCGCUACAUGCCAGGGUACCAGAUGGAACUACAACUGCUUUAACGGAGGAAACUGUUCUGAAGCGGACAACGCUUGUUACUGCCUGCCUGGUUUUACAGGACAGUGGUGUGAGAAGGAUGUGGAUGAAUGCAUCUCAGACCCGUGCAUGAACGGAGGCUUCUGUAUCAACUACGUGAACAGCUUUGAGUGUGUGUGCGACUUAAACUACUCAGGAAUACACUGUCAGAUAGAUGUCAGCGACUUCUACCUGUACCUCUUCCUGGGCCUGUGGCAGAACCUCUUCCAGCUGGUGUCCUACCUUGUGAUACGCCUCGACGACGAGCCAGAGAUUGAGUGGGGAUUCCAUGUCAACGAUUAGAGCCGUCUUUCUGUAAUGUGAUAAAACUGGAGUAAACUGGGUGUAGAAUGUCGCACUGAAGCACUUUAGAACCCAUUAUAGUACCCAAAAAUAAUGAAAUGUGUAACUGCUAACAACAGCGGUUCACUUGGAGGAGAGCGACAUGUUUUAGCCUCAAGAAUGUCUUCUACAUAGACGUGGCAAGUAAAUACACUGAUCAGGCAGAACACUAUGACCACUGACAGGUGAACUGAUUAACGCUGAUCACGGCACCAGCUGGAAGGUUGGAAAUAUUAGACAGCAAGUGGACGUUUUGUCGUCAAAGUUGCAGCUGGAAAAAUGGGCAAGCGUAUGGAUGUGAGCGAGUUUGACAAGGGCCAAACUGUGAUGGCUAGAUGACUGGGUCAGA